UAAUCAAACAGAAAAUAAAUUAUAUAAAUGCAGAGUCUGUGAUCAAGCUAUGCAAGCCUCUGUUCAUUUCUCUAUCAUGGGUAGAAAACCACACGUGAUAGUUGUACCAUGCCCAGCACAAGGCCAUGUUGCUCCACUCAUGAAGUUGGCCUACAACUUGGCUAACCAUGGUGUUAAGGUCACGUUUGUUAAUACAGAAUCCACACAUGUAAAACUCAUGUCUGCAAUGUCUGAGAAACUCAAAGAGAAAAUCCCAAUUCGCCUAGUUUCAGUUCCUGAAGGGUUGGACGGAGAAGAUAUGAAAGUAUUCACAGAGCGUGCACCAAGUACCAUGCCACCUCUUCUGCAAAAUUUGAUUGAAAACAUAAACGAGUUAAACAUUGAUGAGCAAGUAACUCAUGUGAUUGCUGAUGUAUCAGCUGGUUGGGCACUGCAAGCAGCCGAGAAAAUGGGAAUUGAGCGAGUUGCAUUUGUGCCCUGUGGAGUAGCAACCUUGGCUUUGGCACUGCAUACCCGUAGGCUUACUGAGGCUGGAAUGAUAGAUGUUGAUGGAACUCCAAUGAAAGAUGAGCUUAUCAGCCUGUCAAAUAGGAUUCCUGCCUGGAAAAAAAAUGAACUGUCAUGGAGCUUCCAUGGAAAUCCAGAGUGGGAGAAAUUCGUGUUUCAACACUUUAUACGUACCACCAUAGAAAUUGUCAAAAUUUCCAAUUGGCUGCUUGCCAACUCAUUUUAUGAACUUGAGCCAUCAGCCUGUGAUUUGAUUCCCAACAUCUCACCCAUAGGUCCAUUGUGUGCAAGUGAUCAUUUGGGAACUUUUGCUGGAAACUUUUGGCCUGAGGAUUCAACUUGCUUAAACUGGCUUGAUCAACAGCCUCCACGCUCAGUCAUUUAUGCUGCGUUUGGCAGCACAAGAGUCUGCAACCAGCAACAAUUUAAUGAACUAGCACUUGGACUUGAGAUGGUAGGCCGGCCAUUUUUGUGGGUCAUUAGAUCAGAUUUUACAAACGGAAAAGUGGAAUUCCCUGAUGAUUUCAUAAAGAGGGUUGAAAAAAAUGGGAAGAUAGUAAAAUGGGCUCCUCAGGAGAAGGCAUUGACUCACCCUUCUACUGCGUGUUUCUUUUCUCACUGUGGAUGGAAUUCAACCAUGGAGGGCAUAAGCAAUGGGGUGCCUUUUCUCUGUUGGCCUUACUUUACAGAUCAAUUCCAUAACAGAAAUUACAUAUGCGAAACUUGGAAGGUUGGUCUAGAAUUGAUCCCCGAUAAAAAUGGGAUUGUAACUAGGCAUGAAAUCAAGACGAAGUUAGAGAAAUUGCUUUCUGAUAAGGAUAUAGAAGCCAAUUCACUGAAGCUGAAGGAAAUGGCCAGAAAGAGCAUCAGUGAAGGAGGAUCAUCUUUCAAUAAUUUCAUAAGCUUUGUUAAACAGAUAAAGCAAUAGGAUGUUUAGGUGGUGGUUGUUUCUAUGAACUAAACUUGAUAGUAUCUAAUUGAAGUGAUUAGCUGGAAAUGUAAUUAAUGUAUUAUGAGAAUAAACUUUAAGGUUGUGAAUUUAGAAUUUCAGUUUUCUUGAGCAUUGCUUAAGCUAUCUUUUUGCAAUAACAAGUAUGGAGGCAAUAUGCAAUUCCUGAUCAAGAACAAGCAAGACUUCGCCAGACAAUCUAGAUUAAUAUGAAAAUAAGGAAAAUUUAUAUUUCAGCCUAAUUUUUGCUAGGUUUAGGCACGGCCCAAAUAAACUGACGAAAAUAAUAUCAAUUUGCUUAUCUCCCUCAUCCAACUGCGGGUGCCACACUCUCUCCCACUACACUUGCAACUGUGCUAGCUGAACGGAUACAAUUAU